GCGCCUGCGCGCGCCUUCCCUUGCCGCGGUGCACGCCGGUGCACGCCAGCCGCGCUCUCUAAGGCCAGGCAGGAGGAGUCAAGAUGGACGCAGGCUUUUUCCGCGGUACAAGUGCAGAACAGGACAACCGCUUCAGCAACAAACAGAAGAAGCUACUAAAGCAACUGAAAUUUGCAGAAUGCCUCGAAAAGAAAGUGGACAUGAGCAAAGUAAACCUGGAAGUAAUCAAGCCAUGGAUAACAAAGAGAGUAACGGAAAUCCUUGGAUUUGAAGAUGAUGUAGUAAUUGAAUUUAUAUUCAAUCAAUUGGAAGUGAAGAAUCCUGAUUCCAAAAUGAUGCAAAUCAACUUGACUGGAUUUUUGAAUGGGAAAAACGCAAGAGAAUUCAUGGGAGAACUAUGGCCGCUGCUGUUAAGUGCACAAGAAAACAUUGCUGGUAUUCCAUCGGCUUUUCUGGAGCUGAAGAAAGAAGAAAUAAAACAGCGACAGAUUGAGCAGGAAAAAUUGGCUUCCAUGAAGAAACAAGACGAAGACAAGGAUAAACGAGACAAAGAAGAUAAAGAGAACAGAGAAAAGCAGGACCGCUCUCGGAGCCCUAGAAGGCGCAAGUCAAGAUCUCCUUCCCCUAGAAGACGCUCAUCUCCUGUUAGGAAAGAGAGGAAGCAUAGCCAUUCGCGGUCACCCCACCACACGGCCAAAAGUCGCAGCAUUACUCCUGCGCCAGAAAAGAAAGAGGAGACUCCCGAACCGGAAUCUUCAGUCAAAGUGAAAGAAACGUUGAUCCAGGAGGCCACAUCUACCAGUGAUAUCUUGAAAAUCCCUAAAAUUGAGCCCCUGCCAGAUACUAAGGAAACAUCUCCAGAAAGAGUUCCAAAAAAAGAAAGGGAAAAAGAAAAGGAGAAGGCUCGUCCAAGAUCUCCAUCUCGAUCCAGGUCAAGGUCAAAGUCUCGAUCACGUUCCCCAUCUCAUUCGAGACCAAGAAGACGUCAUAGAACACGAUCCAGAUCUUACUCACCAAGGAGGCGGCCUAGCCCAAGAAGGCGCCCGUCUCCUCGGAGAAGAACCCCACCAAGACGUAUUCCACCUCCACCGAGGCAUAGAAGAAGCAGAUCUCCUGUGAGACGGAGGAGGAGAUCGUCAGCAUCAUUAUCAGGAAGUAGUUCAUCCUCAUCGUCAUCACGUUCUCGAUCUCCCCCAAAGAAGCCACCUAAGAGAGUGGUCUCUAGCCCUCCUCGGAAAACACGCAGGCUUUCUCCUUCCACGAGCCCCCCAAGGCGAAGGCACCGACCCUCCCCGCCUCUCAGCCCUCCCCCCAAACCACGCAGAUCUCCCACGCCACAGCAGUCUAAUCGUACAAGAAAAGCGCGAAGCUCCGUUUCUCCCAAUAGGGCUUCAGCACCUAAACAUAAAAGUACUGAAAAGAGGGAAUCUCCUUCGCCUGCACCAAAAACAAGAAAAGUAGAAUUGUCAGAAUCGGAAGAAGACAAAGGUGGUAAAAUGGCAGCUGCAGACUCCGUGCAACAAAGACGACAGUACAGAAGGCAGAACCAGCAGUCUUCAUCGGAUUCUGGUUCAUCAUCAUCUUCUGAAGAGGAACGGCCGAAAAAAUCAAACGUGAAGAAUGGUGAAGUGGGUAGACGACGGCGGCACUCACAUUCCCGCAGCCCAUCUCCAUCUCCACGAAAGUGGCAGAAAGAAUCUUCUCCUCGCAGGAGGAGGCGAAGUCCCUCGCCACCACCGGCCAGAAGACGGCGGUCCCCUUCUCCCGCCCCCCCUCCAAGGCGUCGCAGGUCACCGACACCCCCACGACGAAGGUCUCCUUCGCCACCCCCUCGCCGGCAUUCUCCCACGCCCAGAAGAUACUCUCCCCCCAUACAGAGGAGGUACUCCCCCUCCCCUCCUCCAAAGAGGCGGACGGCGUCGCCCCCUCCCAAAAGAAGGGCUUCUCCUUCCCCGCAGCCCAAGCUCCGAGUCUCCCACUCGCCACCACCCAAACAGAGAAGCCCCGCCCCUGUGAAGAGACGUUCGCCAUCCGCGUCUUCCAAGCACAGGAGAAGCUCCCCCCCCAGCAGGCCCAGCCGUGAGACCCGCUCCCCGCUGCAGAACAAGCGGCAUUCGCCGUCCCCCCAGCCCAGGCUGUCCCGGACCUCUGCGAGCCCCCCGCUGUUGCUCAGGGGCCCUUCUUCGUCACCUCAGCGCAAGCAGUCGCCAUCUCCAAGCUCCAGACCCAUCAGGAGAGUCUCGAGGACUCCGGAGCCCAAGAAGCCCAAGAAGGCUUCCCCACCGAGCCCCCAUUCUGUGAGAAGGGGGUCAUCGUCUAGGUCAGCUUCAGCGUCCCCUGAGCCGCUGCCCAAGAAACAUCCGGCACCUCCGUCUCCUGCCCGGUCCGCCUCGCCUUCUGCUCACUGGUCACCAGCAGCCCCUGCAAAGAAGGCCAAGAGUCCGACGCCAAGCCCAUCACCAGUGCGAAAUUCUGACCAGGAAGGAGGUGGUAAGAAGAAGAAGAAGAAGAAGGAUAAGAAGCAUAAGAAGGAUAAGAAGCAUAAGAAGCACAAAAAGCAUAAGAAAGAAAAGGCUGCUGUCGCUGCGGCAAUGGCUGUUUUCACAGCGACUGCAGAGGAAGAUCAAGGAAAAAACAUAGAACCCAAAAAGGAGACCGAGAGUGAGGCAGAAGAUAACCUGGAUGACUUGGAAAAGCACCUGCGUGAGAAGGCUCUGAGGUCAAUGAGGAAGGCGCAGGCAUCUCCUCCGUCUUAGGACGAAGCAGCGUUUUGAUUUCAUGCAAAUUUUAUUUGGUUUAUACUCAGAUUUCAAUUUCAAAUUGCUAAAAUGUGUUUGAGCUUUAGACUUUAACAUUGGUUGUAAUAAUUGCUAGGUUAAAGUUCACCAUGUUUAUUAAGAAACAACAAAAGAAGGGGGGGCAUGGAUCUUCAUUACAGAAAAACAUUCAUGGUGUACUAGUGACCUCCCUCGACAGUUGACAUGAUUCCACUAGAAUUUUCUUGCGCAGCCAGGAUUUCUUCCCUCCACCCCACCCCUGUUCCUGUUCAAUGGUUUUAAAACAGGCCUGGCAAACGCCACAGUUCCUCUAAAAUGUCAUAGUACAAAUGCUUACGAUGUUUCUAUUGUAAAUUCUUGCUCCAGAUCGUUUGUGGUUUGUAGGCAUGGGGAAGCCACUGUUGUCAGAGAAUUAUGUAGGAACAUUUGCCAAACACCCAGGUUUCUCAGUGUUUCCCAUGAAAUCUAUGUUUAAAAUUGGCAUAAUGUUUGUGGAUGGUGCCUCCUUUAUAAACUUGAUUGGCAGAAGGCAGUGGGUUCAUUAUAGUAUGAUAGACUUAUUUGGAACACUGGAUUUUUAAUUUCUACCUUUAUUUUCCCCUCUCCUAUCCCUUUUACCUUCCCUUUUUAAAAAAUACAGUUCCUGUGAUCAGCAGUCUCAGCCAAAUUUGGCAUAAAUUUUUGUUUUGUGGAAUGUUGUUGCCCCAUUCAUAGUUUUCUUUUGUCUUGUUGAAGUCCUUUGGAAUAGUAUGUAACUUUCAGAGUUGUGGUUUCUGAAAACCUGAAGGACCUGAACUUUGGAUAUUGUCAUGUUCACAUUGGGGGUUUUGUUUUGUUUCUGUUUUUUUAAACUAAAGCUAUUAUAAAGCUUGUGUAUUAAACAAAAUAAAUUUCUAAAUUUAAA